UGAUAAGUGACAGUAGACAUUAUCCGAGCCAUUAUACCUGUAUCUUGGAAAGAAAAAUUAAGCAAUAUACAUAAGUAUAAUUGAGACGCCAGAAGAAACAGAGAAAUCAAACGUUCUGUCAUUAAAAUUAGAAAAUAUGGUGGUUUCAACUAUAAAAGAAAAUGGAACAACAAAUGAAACAAUAAAUGAAACAACAAAUGGAACAACAAAUGGAACAAUAAAUGGAACAAUAAAUGGAUCGACAAAUGGAUCCGCAAAUGGAGAAUGUCCUUCCUCUCCGAUGGGUAUUGGACCUGGAAAUUAUCAUUUAAUUGGUUGGGAUAUGGAUACUACUGGGAAAAAGUUGACCGAUGAAAUUUGUCAAAUUGCUGGAUACACGCCUAAUUCUAAUUAUUCCCAAUAUGUAAUGCCUUACAAGGAUCUCAAUCCACCUGCUAUCAAGCGACAUAAUAUGAGAGUUGUAACUGUUGGGAAAUAUCGUAUGCUUAAAAAUAGUAAAACUAACAAGGUGUUGAAAACUAAGAGCGAAGUAUCUGCGUUAACAGAUUUUUUGACAUGGUUAGAAUCCAUCAAAGGAGACUCAGAAGAUGGAAUUAUAUUACUUUAUCAUGAACCACGUAAAGUCAUCCCUGCUAUGCUGCUUGAAUCUUUACAAAGGUAUAAUCUUGUGGAAAGAUUUAAACAAACAGUUAAAGGCUUUGCCAAUGGUUUUAAUAUUGCUGAAGCCAAAUUAGCAAACUCUGUACGUAUUUUUUCUCUACGUACCCUUUCACGUACAUUACUUAAAAAGACAGAAGAAUUAGACAAUGCAAAGGAUAGAGCAUAUCUAGCCUUACAAGUUUUACAACAUAUAAGUCAGCAAGAUAAUGCAAAAGUAGAUGAAUCAACUGGAAGCGGGGACAGUAGUAAUACAUCUAUGAAAAAUACGAUAGAAUUUAUUCUACCAUUUGUUCAACCCAUCCAAGUUGAAGAAGAAGAACGUGCAAAAUUGAAAGUAGUAUUUGAGCGACAAAAUAGUCUGAGACCAAUUUUUGGUCCAUUAUUCAAAGCAAGUCGCAAAGAACGCCAACACGCAAGUCCUUUACGUCGACUAUUAGCAGAAGCAGGUAUAGAAUAUAUGCAGUUACAGGAAGCUUGGUCUGAUGCUCAGAAGGAUGGUCUAGAAAAAUUAAUUAAAGAAAAGCUGAUAGCAGCAGAAGACAAAAAAGUAGAUGAUUUGAUAAAAGUUUUGGAAAGUUAUUUUGAUCCAGAGAAAAAUCCAAAGACUAAGACAAGGCAUGAAAAGAAAGAUAUUAAGUCAGAAUCUUCAAAGAUCGUAGAUGAUAGAGUAAAUAAUAAUAUGUUGGACUCAAAUAAUGAAAAUUCUGAUACUAAAUCUAAUUCUCCUAUUAAUGUAAAAUUAGAAAUAUCAGAAAAUGAUAAAGUCUUACAGUUAGUAGAAGGCUAAUUAGCUUGACAUGUUGAAAUAUUCCGGUUAAUUGAAUCUAUCACUUUGAAAAUAGUUUUAGUCAAAUCAUUUAAUGAUUGACUAUAACUAUUCGAAGUCUUAGAUUCAAAAAUAUGAUAGAUCCAUUACUGUUAAUGUUCAAAACAUAUGCCUUAUGAAAAAUGAAAGUUACAAUUUCAUAUUGUUAUUAUCAUAAUUUUUUUUAUUUGUUGUGAUGAAAAAAAAGUUAUGUCCCUGAGGGAUAUAUAUCGUUUCAGUCGACUAACAUACGUACGUGAUCAACAUAUUAAUUAUUUUUAGUUUAUUUUGCCAUAAUUAUUAUUACCUUAACUUCGUUGAAGUUUAUCGCUAAAUUUUAUAUAAUUUUUUUUACUUAAUCAUAAGAUUGAUUAAAAUUCUAAUAAGAAUGAAAUCGUUCAGAGACUGAUCAACGUGUUAAAAUGAACGACAUUCGAACGAUAACGAAUUGUUAAACAAAUUAGUAUAGAACGACAUUUUUGUUUUGUUUUCCAAUUUUUUUUCUUUUUUUUUUUUUAAUACAUAUAUGCAUAUAUUACAUAAUAUUUCAGAGGAAAUAUAUAUAAUUCGAGAAUUUAUGUUUAUUAUUGAAUUGAAAAAUUACCGAAAGUAUUGAUACUCUUCUUUUUCCAUAAGAUAAUGAAAACAAUUUUUUUUAUCUUAAUACGAUUCACGAUUGUUCUUACCUAUAUGUUAAGAUAUAUCUCAUUGUAUUAUUAUUGCAUAAUAAAGAUUUAGAUUUAAGACUUGUAUUAAUAUAUAUAAAA